AUGGGAAUGAUGGCGUGGCCGGGAGUCUCGCUGUUGAGUCUGCUGCUGUUUUUGCUGCUGCUCCCGGUUGCCCAGUGUGGGGUGACCUACGACAGGAAGGCCCUCAUUAUCAAUGGUCAGAGGAAGAUCCUCUUCUCCGGCGCCAUACACUACCCCAGAAGCACACCUGACGUAUGAAUCUCCCUCCUUUUUUCCUCAAAUACGAGGACAAGCUCUGGGCUGUUGGGUCGAUUUCUGCCGUUUUUUUUGUCGCUGAUGGGUUGUUGUGCUGUGUGACGUGUAGAUGUGGAAAGGGCUGGUAGAGAAGGCUAAGGAUGGAGGUCUGGAUGCGGUGGAGACCUACGUUUUCUGGGACGGUCAUGAGCCAUCUCCUGGCAAGGUGCUGUCCCGAGCAUCUUCUUCCUUCUAUUGAAUGUUCCAUUUCUUCUCAGAUUUUCUAUUUUUUGUCAUUUCUGUGGCAAUGUAGGUAGAUGGUCUUAUUAAUUUUGCUUUCUUUUGUAUAUAUUCCGGAUUCACGGUUCUCUUUCGCCUGUUUAAAUCUCUUGCAGUACAAUUUCGAAGGGAGAUACAAUCUGGUGAGGUUCGUGAAGACAGCGAGGGAUGCAGGCCUUUAUGUUGUUCUCCGAGUCGGGCCAUAUGUCUGCGCAGAGUGGAAUUUUGGGUACCCUCCUCCCGGAUCUCAUCUCUUUUGCUCCCUCUUCAUCUUCUUUUCAUAUUUUUCUACUACUUUUCUAUGUAUACUGUUCAUUUUGUUCUUGACGGAUGAUGGGAUUAUAUGUAGCUAGGAAGUUGAAAGUGAUGACUACUGGGUUGAGAUCAUUCAAAUUUUUUUAUUAAAUAUUUUUCUUCUCAGUGGGCUUCCUGUUUGGCUGAAGUAUGUGCCGGGGAUCAGUUUUAGGACGGACAAUGAGCCCUUCAAGGUCCACAUUUCCUCCCCGUUCCUCUUUCCCUUUUUUGGCCAUGCCUGCCAUGUAGAAGGAUGAGAUAGUGAGAAAUUACCCGCGAAGAAACAGAGAACUUAUGUCCUCUUAUCUUCUUCCCUCUUAAUCUAGAUGUGGUGUUGCAGGCUGCAAUGGAAGGUUUCGUGCGGAAGAUUGUGGAGAUGAUGAAGGCUGAAUCACUGUUCGAGUCUCAAGGUGGCCCUAUCAUCCUAGCACAGGCAUGUUCUUGGCAUCCUCUUCUGUGCCCAAUUCGUUUACUCAGAUAUUACCUACCACUUGUGGAUUCCCGGGGCAAAUACCAGGAAGGUGAAAUAACAAGUCCAGAAGUCAACCUUUUGCAGAUCGAGAAUGAGUAUGGACCAGAGAGCAGAUCACUUGGAUCCGCCGGUCACACUUAUAUGACUUGGGCGGCAGAAAUGGCUGUGGGGCUUAAUACUGGUGUUCCAUGGACCAUGUGCAAGGAAGAGGAUGCCCCAGACCCAGUGGUGAGAUAUUUUUUUAAAAAUUAAUUUUCUAAUCACCAGGGUCCAUAGCUCCUUGUAUUUUAUACCAGAUUAUAUAUAUGCCCUUUGAAAAGCAUCGUUGAACUAGGAAGAUUUCAUUUCUGAAGGAUAUUUUUGUGCUGAAAUAAUGGCACUAGCUCUCAUCAUUUGUCUUGGCACUUCAGAGAAAUAAGCCAAAUCGUCUUAUUUUUAUUGUUUUUCUGCUUGAAGGAGAGAAAUUUUGUGUCAAUCUCUCGUCAUUCAUUUGGACCCCCCGAUUUAGGGCCUAGAAUUUGCAUUCCUUUUUUAAUGGACUGUUUGUAACAGUUUACUUACUGAAACAGAUAAACACGUGCAAUGGCUUCUACUGUGACAGUUUCACUCCCAACAAGCCGUACAAGCCUAUGAUGUGGACUGAAGCCUGGACUGGCUGGUAAGCUUCUAUAAAUCUAUAUAUACAUAUAUAUCAUGGAUUUUAUUUUCUCUAGGAACUAAUUUUCACACAAACCUCAGUUCUUGGUACCCACGAUUAAUUUCCACAUGCAUCCAGUGAAGAACGCGGACCCCUCAAGCUAAUUGUCCCUCCGUUUGAAAUCACAGGUUCUCAGAGUUUGGGGGCACAGUGAAGAAGCGACCGGUCGAGGAUUUGGCAUUUGCGGUGGCUCGGUUUGUGCAGUCGGGUGGAUCAUUUAUCAACUACUACAUGGUCAGAGCUCUUGCUUUCUAAAUUGUUCAGAUGGGUUUUCUGUUUUCCUGAACAAGACCCGUCGUUACAUCGAUAACAGUAUCACGGAGGAACCAACUUUGGGCGCACAGCUGGUGGUCCGUUCAUCACGACCAGCUACGACUACGAUGCGCCGAUUGAUGAAUAUGGUUGGUUGCAUUGCUCAUGUUCAGUACUUCAGUACCUUACAGUUCUAUGCUUUAUCAAGUAAAAGUUUGAUGCUGAAGAGCGGUACUCUGGCUUUAUUUCAUACCCACCAGGCUUUUCAUCACUCUGCUUCUUGCGCAGGCGUUAUAAGAGAACCGAAGUAUGGGCACCUGAAGGAGCUGCAUCGGGCCAUAAAGCUGUGUGAAGGAGCUUUAGUUUCAUCGAAUCCAACUGUUACUUCAUUAGGAACUUAUCAGCAGGUUAGGAAUCCUCUUCUUCCCUAUUCUGGCAUUUGCUUAACAAUAUAACACAGCUAACUGCGUUUUAUGGCAGGCCCACGUCUUCUCUUCUGGGAAUGGAGAGUGUGCUGCUUUUCUCUCCAAUUUUGACUCUAAUGCCGUUGCGAGGGUUCUGUUCAACGACAUGCACUACACUCUUCCAGCCUGGUCGAUCAGUAUCCUUCCUGACUGCCGAAAUGUGGUGUUUAACACAGCAAAGGUACGGUCAACGGACCACUCGAACCAUUUUUUUUGAGUCCUUCAACAUAUCCGCUACUUCUUCUCAAUUGACUUCAUGAGAUAUUUUGGGUUUUUUGUGCCCUUUGACGUUUUCCAUCCGACAAAUUGGUGUUUAGCUGCCAAAGAUCUAUCUUGUUCCCCCCAUCAAUUCAGAUAUUUAGUUCUUCGCAAGAAUCCAUGGACUAAAGUCUUCCAUCUCCAUUACAGGUUGGAGUUCAGACGUCCCAGAUGGAUAUGAUUGAAACCAGGGAACUGUCAUUAUCAUGGGAAAGGUAUGAUGAGGAAGUUGCUUCAACGGGGGAUAACUCCCUAUUCACAACAGUUGGUCUCUUGGAGCAGAUCAAUGUCACAAGGGACAUGACUGACUAUUUAUGGUACAUCACAAGGUAAGAUCAAGACCAACUUUCAUAUACUUCCGUCGUGGAAGAAUUUGACAGGAUUUCAGAAAUCUUGUCGCUCUCUUCCUCUCCUCUGUGCAUGCACUUUUCUCCGUAUUUAGGUGGAAUUCUCUACAAUUUUGUCUCACAACUUUACUCUCUCUCUCUCUCUCUCUCUCUCUCUCUCUCUCUCUCUCUCUCUCUCUCUAUAUCAGUAAGAGAUAAAAUUCUGAAAGAUUUAGCCACCAAGUUUCGAUCUUGAUGGAGUCUGGUUGUUGCCCACCUUGUACCUGAGCGACUAAUGAUUCGUUAUUUAUAGAUAAUGUAUAGCAAUAUAUGUUGUAUGGUCUCUGUUCUCCCUAGAUUUGCAGAGAUUCUAUUAUAGCCGCUAAUUUCAUUUAUUGAAUUCCAGCGUUGAUAUCAGUCCCUCAGAAUCUUGUCUCAGAGGAGGAAAACCUCCCGUUCUCAGUGUACAGUCUGCUGGGCAUGCUUUGCAUAUUUUUGUCAAUGGACGGCUUUCAGGUGGAUUGACUUUCUUCCAAUUCUGGCAGAUAGCUAUUGCUUAUUAUGCGUCGAACUGACUGUUGAUUUCACAACAGGAUCCGCCUAUGGCACCCGGGAGAACAAGCGUUUCAUGUACACUGGGAACGUUGACCUUCGAGCUGGGUCAAACCGAAUCGCUCUCCUCAGUGUAGCCGUCGGGCUGCCGGUCAGUACUCCACACGCAACGCAUCUGUCUUUUGCUUCAGCCAAAAUCUACGAAAUGAAUAAACUUUUUGCAUUGGGCAUUGAGCUUCUGUGAUGCUUUCUUGCUUUCUUUUUAAAGAAUGUCGGAGCACAUUAUGAGACGUGGAAUACCGGAGUUCUAGGCCCUGUUAUUCUUCAUGGUCUCAAUGAAGGGAGCAGAGACCUUUCAUGGCAGAAAUGGUCCUACCAGGUUUUGUUGAUGCCUCCCUCUUCUCCUGUUUCUCACUCUUCUUUCCCUUUUUGAACCGGGUGCAUAGUCUAAUUGGUGGCGGGAAGAAUCUAACGAUUAAAGAGCACGAUUCACUUUUGCCGCAGGUGGGGCUCAAAGGGGAGGCUAUGGACCUCAACUCUCUGGAAGGAACCUCGUCGGUGGAAUGGAUGAAAGGAUCAUUAGUCGCUCAAAGCGGUCAACCCUUGACAUGGUACAAGGUGGGCAGCAACCAGACUCCAUCAAGAUCGAAUCUUUGUGGCUAAAUCUUUCAGAAUUUUAUUUCUUACUGAUGUGUAGAGAGAGAGAGAGAGAGAGAGAGAGAGAGAGAGAGAGAGAGAGAGAGAUCCUCCCCUCUCACCCUCCAACUCGCAUACAGAUCGAAUCUUGGAGGCUAAAUCUUUCUGAAAUUUUAUUUCUUCGCAGGCCUAUUUCGAUGCUCCGGGAGGAGAUGAGCCCCUGGCCCUGGACAUGGGCAGCAUGGGCAAGGGUCAGGUGUGGGUCAACGGGGAGAGCGUCGGCAGGUACUGGACCGCCGCGGCCCCAGACGACCGUUGCGGCGGUUGUAACUAUGCCGGCACCUUCCGGCCACCCAAGUGCCAGACUGGUUGUCGCGCCCCGACCCAGCGCUGGUAAGCAGCGCCCUCCCCUCCUCCCCCCCCUCUCUCUCUCUCUCUCUCUCUCUCUCGACUCUGUCUUCUCUCUCUCUUUUAAGGAGCUGUCUAUUGCUCUCAGGUAUCAUGUUCCUCGCUCCUGGUUGCGGCCGACGGGGAACCUUCUGGUGGUGUUCGAGGAGGUCGGCGGCGCCGCCGAGAGGAUCUCUCUUGUGCGGCGGUCGGUGGCCGGCGUCUGCGCCGACGUCUCCGAGUGGCAUCCCACCGUGAAGAACUGGCAAAUCGAGCGUUACGGCAAGCCGGAGACCCACCACCUGCCGAAGGUCCACCUCCGGUGCUCGCCGGGGCAGUCGAUCACGGCAAUCAAAUUCGCCAGCUUCGGCACUCCCUCGGGCUCCUGCGGGAGCUUCCAGGAGGGCGCCUGCCACUCGCCCAAUUCCCGCUCCAUUCUGGAGAAGGUCUGGUUCUCUCUUUACUCAUUUCUCUCUCUAGUUUCUCUCUCUUUUGGUCCGGGUGAAUGGAGUUUUUUUUCUUGGGGUGUUCUGUGGGUGCAGAGGUGUUUAGGGCAGGAGAGGUGUACGAUGGCGAUAUCUGCUGGCAACUUCGGGGGGGACCCGUGCCCCAACGUGAUGAAGAGGAUCGCCGUUGAGGCCGUCUGCGCGCCCGUAAAUUAG